AUCUUAGAGGCAGAAUGCAAGCACAAAGAGGAUAAAAACCAGGAAACGUUUCAUAACUUCAGGGAAAAAAUUGAGGACCAUCCAGCGACCUCACAAACCCGGGAUUUCGACUCGACCACAAGACCGUGCGGCGAGAAUGCUGACUGCAAGGGUUCCUCUAGAAAGGACUCUCUCCGCAGACACCUUAACAACAUCCACAUAAAACACAGUCCAGUAUGUGAAGUCUACCACGUGGCUGACCAACCUCCUUCCUCUUCCAGAACAACUAUCACACUAUACGGUCCUGAUGAGGGGGUAUGUCGAGAAGCCUCAGAAAUUGAUAAGAAAGAUAAAAACAGCAUCUCAGAGCCAUUAGCAGUUCACUCUAAUGUAAAGCUCUUUGAGUGUCCACAGUGUACUAAAAGGUUCUCCUUUCGUUAUUCGUUAAACAAACAUAGCAAAAUCCAUGCCAAGGAUACCAACAAGACCCAGAAAUCGCAAUGUACUCAGAGGCCAGAGAAUCCUAUCAAGAAGGAAAUCGUACUUUUAAAAAGACAUAUGAAAAUCCACGUCGAUCCUGCUAAGAAUGCCAAGAAGCCCCAGAAACCACGGUUUGCUGAUGACAAAAUCGUUGAGGCAGAUGUAAGCAGAAAUAGGAUGAAAAACAUGGAGACAUGCAGCACUGUAGGGAAAAACGUAGGACCAUCUAGCGACUCAAAACCCGGGAUUUCGACCCACAAGAACGACGCGUGCGAGAAUGCAGACGGUGUGGGGAAGAAAUCGACUGCGAAAACUGUGCGUGCUGAUGUUGUUGACAAAGACUUUAAGAUAAGUAGAAGGCCUUUUGAAUGUCAGAUUUGCUCUAGCAGUUUCAUAAAGAAACGGAAUCUCAAGAGCCAUUUAGCAGUUCAUAAUGUAAAGCUCUUUGAGUGUCCACAGUGCACUAAAAGGUUCUCCUUUCGUUAUUUGUUAAACAGACAUAGCAAAAUCCAUGCCAAGGAUACCAACAAGUCCCAGAAAUCGCAAUGUACUCAGAGGCCAGAGGAUCCUAUCAAGAAGGUGAAGACAGUGAAAUUCGCUGAAGAUGUGAACAUGCCGUCUUAUCACUUAUCCCAACUCCUGCUAGGACAAGUUGGUACUUUCGCCAAACAACUGAGGGUAUAUGUGGACAAUGGCGACUAUGCAGAGGCUGCUAAGGAAGGGAAAGAACCCCAGAACAAGGAUUCAAAACAAGGCCACCAUCUCAUGUACCACAUGUCUGUACAUUCUAACGAAAAGCCCUUUGAGUGUCCACAAUGCAAUAACAGGUUCUCUAGGAAAUCUACCUUAAACAGACAUAUGAAAAUUCACGUCGAUUCUGCUAAGAAUGCCAAGAAGCCCCAGAAAUCACGGUUUACUGAAGCAACGGUACGUGUGGAUGGGGGCAGCGAGGAUCAUUUAGUAUGUAUUUGGACGGGUAGCUACUAUGCAGAUACUGCUAAGGACGUGAAAAGAACCCCAGAACAAGGACACCGAUUUAAAGAAGAGGUUAAACCUAGAGGAGGAAACCGACAUAUAACCCACGUCGAUCCUGAUCAGAAUGCCAAGAAGCCCAGAAACCACGGUUUGCUGAGACAAAGUCAGCUGAAAAGUUCAGUCAAGCAGGGGAUCCACUGA